AUGGCCGCAGAUAUCUUUUGGCUAAUAAAACUUCAAAUGAUACGGCCACAAACCAGUUCCUCAAUGGACUCUUCAAAUAUCAAGUUAGAUAAAAUUGAUGCAAUUCAUAAAGCUGUGGAAGAAGGUGAUAUUGAUCAACUGAUAACAUUAAUCGAUAUUGACAAAUUUUCUGUUGCACGUGACAGAUAUGGUAUGACACCAUUACAUAUAGCAAUAUUGCACGGACAAACAAAUGUAGUUCGUUAUUUGCUAUCAAAAUAUCCAUCUUGCGUUAAUGCUACCAAUCAUACUGGCCGAACGGCGUUACAUUACGCUUUUGCAAGUCAAGCUAGUCAAGUUAUGGUAAAACUGUUGCAAAAAGCUGGAGCCGAUAAUUUCAUUGAAGAUAAGUUUGGCCAUACACCGUUGUAUUACCAAAAUAAUGCGAAUCAAUUAGAUAUUAAAAUGAUGAUUAAAGAUAACGAUCAGAUGGAUGAGCUUAUUACAGGUCAAGUGAGUGGACCACUUUUGCAAGAUUUGGAAGAAAGUAUUUCGGAUUGGAUUCAUAUUGGCAAUUUGAGAAAAUUAGAUAGUUUGGUACUAAAUGGUUAUGUGGAUUUGUUAUCCGGUCGAAUACAAGAAGUUAAUGAUCCGGAUAUUCGUCAUUUCCUGAAUGCAUUACCACUGUAUCAGAUUAAAAUUGAUACAAUUCAUAAAGCUAUCGAAGCGGAUAACAUACAAACAAUUAAAAUAUUGAUAGAUCGAAAAAAGAUGGCAUUUUGUCGUGACGCUCGACAUUUAACACCAUUACAUAAAGCGAUCAUUUUGGGGCAAAUGGAAAUUGCUAAAUUUUUGAUCAAAAAUUAUCCGCAAACGACGAAUGCAAUGGAUGAGAAGAAAAGAACGCCGCUUCAUUAUGCAGCAGCUUUAUCUGAUGGUGGUUACAUGUACAAAAAGAUGCGUGGCGUCGGAGCUGAUUCAAAGAUUUCUGACUCUAUUAUUCAUAAUCGUGUAACAUCGUCCUAUUUGCAAUCAAAUAUUCAUCAAUGGCUUCGUGAUGGUAAUAUCGGUAAAUUGGAGCAAUUAGUACUUUCAGGAUGUGGUGAUUUACUUUUUGGUCAUACAACAAACAAUACAAAUUCAAAAACUUUUCUCGAUUAUUUAAAUACUUAUUUGGAUAAGAUCGGUGAAAUUCAUGAAGUGAUUAAGAAAGGUGACUUAAAACGUGUAAAGGAAUUAAUCAAUUCAAAAAAGUUAGCGGUAGCUCGAAAUCGACUUGGGCAUACGCCGCUUCAUACCGCAAUCAUUUACGAACAAACUGAAAUAAUUCGUUACAUUGCAUCAAGCUUUAAAUCUGCUUUAAAUGCUUCUGAUUAUAAUAAGCGUACACCAAUGCAUUAUGCGGCAGCUACACGUGAUGGCGGACAUUAUAUGAAAAUUUUGAUUAAAGCCG